AAAAAGCCGUUUUUGUGACGCGAGUUAGUCGCAAACAUUUUAUUUCUGUGUCCCAUAAAGAUAAACGUCCACCACAUAUUCCAUCACCUCAUCCUCCUCCAAAGAUACCAAUUUCAAAACGAGCUUAUGUAAAAUUUAAUGAUCCACCUGAUGUAACAAAUGGUAUAAUGGUUUUUUGGGAAACACCUUCAAAUAAAACCAUUAUAGUGGGACAAUUUAGUAGUGGAUUUACUGAAGGAGAUGAAAAGGAAUAUACAUUUAAAGUUUAUAAUGAAACUUCUGAACUUGUAGAUUUAAAACCUGAAAAUGAUACUUUUGAUAAAUUAUUUAAAAUUCGUUCUAAUGGUUCUACAGAUUCUUUCUUAUUUGCUUUGGAUACUCCUUUGGUAACCGGUAAUAAUAGUGUGGUUGGAAAUUAUUUGGUGAUUGGACGACCUGGUUAUUUACUUGGAUAUAAACUUCACUAUGAUAAAAAAAACGUCUAUAUUAUUGAAAUGGCGUACACAUCACAUGAAGAUGUUAUAUCAUAUCUUCAAGAUUGUUUUAAAGAACCAAAUAAUAAACUUGUAAUAAAAAUACAAAAAUUUCCAAUAGACCAUUACAAUCCAAUCGGAAUUGGAGAAAAAAUAACUCCGGACAUUGCAGUUCGUCCGAGAGAGUGUCUUGUACAACGAGCAAGUCCAUAUCCUGAUUUUCCCCGCGGUGACUUCAAAAGCAAUUCCCAUGCAAGAAUAAUUUGCGAAGUUGCUAAUAUUCAAAAAAUUGAUUUAUGGAACACAAGAUGCGAGACGUGGAUGCACGAGGAAUACGUUCGUUGUGUGUUGGGAGUUAAAAUUUAUCCUAAAAUAAAUAUCAAUAGAAUUGUUCAUCAGCCAAUAAUAGCAAGAUUAUGGGUACGUCAAGCACUGCCAGGUGGUAUAUUAUCCUCAAAUACAACUUUAGCAGAAAAUGGAAUAUAUGUCAAGGAGUGGGAAUGCGGAACUAUACAUCAUAAUACUCAUGCACCAACUGGUUGUAAUGCUCCAAAUAAUAAUGAAUUUCAAGUAACUAUCCCUGUUAGAGAUGCCUUUUGGGAUCCUCCAAUUUUGGGUAGAGUUCCAAAUGUUGAAGGCUAUACUGCAGUGGUACCCAAUACUGUUGUUGGAGAAAAUUUUGUUAUUGACUUAUAUGACAUACAACAAAUAGUUCUUAAUGUAAAUUAA